GGCGCGGUGUAAGUUUCCUGCUUCACUCAUUGAGUCCGCCUAAUCGCCAUCUCGCUCCCGCUCUCUGAUAGGGUCUGAUUAGCAAAGGAGGACCUGGCCAGGGACCUGAGCAUCGCUGGAUUUUCUCCCGAGCUCCACCAGCGGAGAAUGCGCUACAGAUAAAACCCAGCUAAACCCCGCGCGGCGAAUCCUAGCGGGAGCCGACGAAAGGGGGAAGCCGCUGAGGCGAGACAAGCAGGAAGCAAGCUGGUAGGUUGGAAGGGAGGUGGGCAGCUCUGGGGGCUGCCAGGGUCUCUCGGUGUCUCCGCUCAACACCAGCAGGGAUGGACAGCGCCUCUGGACCCAGCCGGCACUGGGACACAGCGCUGCUGUUGCUGCAGGUGCUUAUACACCGGCUUGCCUCUCUCUGCUGCUAAAAGGGCGGCGCUCCCUAAUCUCUCGCUCCCCCUCCUCCCCUCUGAUUUAUUUAUUUAUUGUUUUGGGUGGACGGCAAGUAACCCCCCUCCAUGCAACCGCAAACAGGGACGGUGGCGUCGUUCCGCUCCGGAGUUUGAGAUCUCACCAGCGACUUCAAUCCGAUUUUAAUUUUUUUUUUUAACACAAAUAAGAGUGUAACUUUCCGGAGGCUUUGAUUUAAAUCAUGGGCACUGAGUUCGGGGGCCAGGUGAGAGGUUUUCUGUAUUACGCCAAAUAACCGUGGAGAUGUGCCCGAGUGGUUUGGAAAUACUUUGGACAGAGCUCUGAGAGGAGAUCCGAAGAGUACAAGCUCUGCAACGUUUCUGCAACGGAGAGCAGAUCGCCUAACGCUAGCAUAUUGGCAAACAAAUAUUACUUGCUGUGCCAUAGCACAUGGAUUUCAGGACCUCCUGUGAAGAGACAAAGACAGGGAUUUGUUUGCUGCAGGAUGGUAAUCAGGAGCCUUUCAAAGUGCGACUGCACUUAGCCAAAGAUAUUUUGAUGAUCCAGGAGCAGGAUGUGAUCUGUGUGUCUGGUGAGCCUUUCUAUUCUGGUGAAAGAACGGUAACAAUUAGAAGACAAACUGUAGGAGGAUUUGGAUUAAGUAUAAAGGGUGGAGCAGAACAUAAUAUUCCAGUGGUCAUUUCCAAAAUUUCCAAAGAACAAAGAGCUGAACUCUCAGGUUUGCUCUUUAUAGGAGAUGGGAUUCUACAGAUUAAUGGAAUUAAUGUAAGAAAAUGCAGGCAUGAAGAAGUGGUUCAGGUUCUUCGGAAUGCUGGAGAAGAAGUGACCCUAACAGUGUCCUUUCUGAAAAGAGCGCCUGCUUUUCUCAAAUUGCCUCUGAAUGAAGAUUGUGCCUGUGUCCCUAGUGACCAAAGCAGUGGCACAUCAUCUCCCCUCUGUGACAGUGGUUUGCAUCUCAACUACCAUCCCAACAAUACGGAUACGCUAUCAUGUUCCUCAUGGCCAACAUCACCAGGGCUUAGGUGGGAGAAGAGAUGGUGUGAUCUCCGAUUAAUCCCGCUCCUUCAUUCCCGUUUUUCCCAGUACCUCCCAGGAUCAGAUUUGUGCAGGCAAAAUGCAUUCCAAAUAAUUGCUGUGGAUGGAGUUUGCAGUGGAAUAAUUCAGUCUCUCUCUGCUGAAGACUGUAUGGACUGGCUACAAGCAAUAGCAACUAACAUUUCCAACCUCACAAAGCACAAUAUAAAAAAAAUCAACAGGAAUUUUCCCGUAAACCAGCAGAUAGUCUAUAUGGGCUGGACAGAAGAACGGGAACAAGACUCCCUUCAGGACCGAAUGUACACACCAAAGUUUCUAGCUCUGAGGGGUUCCUCUCUUUACAAAUUUAUAGCACCUCCAGUCACCACGUGGGAUUGGACACGAGCUGAAAAAACAUUUUCAGUUUAUGAGAUCAUGUGCAAAAUUCUAAAGGACAGUGAUCUGUUGGAUCGUCGGAAACACUGCUUCGGUGUCCAAUCUGAAUCUGGAGAGGACCUCUACUUUUCCGUGGAGUUAGAGUGUGACCUAACCCUAUGGGAAAAAGCCUUCCAAACAGCAACUUUUUUAGAAGUUGAACGAAUUCAGUGCAAGACAUAUGCCUGUGUUUUGGAGAGUCAUCUUAUGGGGCUUACUAUUGACUUCGGCAUGGGUUUUGUCUGUUUUGAUGCUGCCACAAAGGCUGUGCUUUGGAGGUACAAGUUUUCCCAGCUUAAAGGGUCUUCAGAUGAUGGCAAGAGCAAAAUUAAAUUUUUGUUUCAAAAUCCAGAUACUAAGCAGAUUGAAGCAAAGGAGUUGGAAUUUUCCAAUCUGUUUGCAGUCCUUCACUGCAUCCACUCAUUCUUCGCUGCCAAAGUGGCUUGUUUGGACCCAUUGUAUGUAGGCAGUCAAGCUGCCACAUCUGCUGUUGCCACAACUUCUGAUGUUUUUAUAUGACAACAUACAAAGCUCUGAGUAUGAACGUAGGGCAAUAUCAUAAUAGUAUAAAUGACACAACAGCAAGCAAGAGGCAUAUCGUUUGUGACAACAAGGAGAUAAGCAUGAAAGGGCAUUUGUGUAAGUAUCUCCGGAAAGAAGAAAGCACUUUAAACACUCUUGUAAAUUCAUACUGUUUUCCUAUAUGGAAACCUGCUAUUGUUGUUUAGUUUGUUGUCAUUCUGUUCUAAUCGUAAUGAUAAAGUUAUAGCCAUAUUGGUCUAGCACAUAAAGACAAAUGUAAUGGAGAAACUUUUACAGACACAGGACCCUCUUCAAGUCAAAAUAGGUGGGAUAUGAAUUUGAUUUCAAUUAUAAAUUAAGUACAAGUUACAGACAGAUCUGGUACAACAGUUGCUUUGUUCAUUCUCCUGUUUUAAAGGGAAGGAGGUCUUGUAAGCUAACGGUAUUUGUACACAAAACCUAAGUAUUGAAUUUUGUUUCAGACGUACAUCUGGCGGAUUGUUUCAGUAUGUAAUGUUGAUUUCAUCUCACAAGCAAGGAGGCAAGAACUCUGCUCCACUCAGGCUCUUAAUGAAACAGGCACUAGCAGUAACACUAGAAAUAUGAUUCUACUCCUUGAAUUCUUAUCAGUUAAACGGCAUUAUUCCUUUUUAUUUAUGUAUUUAUUUAGUUUAAGAUAGGAACAAAUUAAAUAAACUGCAAAGCUCGAAUAAUUGACAUAAUAUACAAUAGCUUUCUAUAUUUAAAAUAUGACGUAACCCAGGACUACAUAUUGUAUAUAUUAUUCGAAGAGCCUCACUUCAUGAUGAAUGUAAAACUCAAAGAGUAAAUUUGGAACUACUCUCCAUGCAUCCAAAGAUACAUUACUUGAAUACCGUUUUUGGAAAUGACUUUAAUUUUGAACUAGCAGAUAUAUCUCUGAACAUGAUCAAAUGUUGGGAAUAUGAGUGUGAUGUAGCUGAAACCUAGUAAAUUGAGGGUCUUUUUUUAAAAAACAUGACCCCAUAACGCAAAAGAAUCAAAUAUUUAUACACCU